AGGUUCCGCCUUGCGUCCAGCCUAGGGGCUACAGGAAGGUUUCAGAACCUAUCUGUGCCUACACGCUAUCGCAUUUUCCUGCCCAGAGUGGAGGAUAGCCCCCACCCCGACCCUGUCCUCCAGAAGGACCUCUCCGUGGACGCCCGUGGCUGUGUCCCUGUGUCCCGACGCCUGCUGCCGGCCGCCCUUCGGAGAGAGACGGAAGAGCUUCCAGGCGGGCGAGGGAAAGAGAGAAAGUAGUCAGCCAUGUCGAACGCAAUGUAUAACAAGAUGUGGCAUCAGACCCAAGACACCCUCAAUUCUUUGCUUGAUAAAGAGUCUCAGCACAUGAUGGAAUCCCAAAGCAAUCAAAUCUUCAUCUUCCAAAUGUUAGCCACCUUCUACAUAAAAUACGUGCAGAUCUUCAGAAACUUGGAGGACGUUUAUGACCAGAUUGUCCACCCGCAGAAGCGAAUACUGAUCCGAAAAAUCCUGGAUGGAGUGAUGGGUCGCCUCCUGGAACUGAAGAAUGAAAUGGUUGAAUUGGAAUUAACAGAGUUUCAUUAUUUUGAUGACAUCCUACAGGAUCUAAAGUUGGCUCCUCAACAAUUAGAUAUUCCCAUUCCCAAGUAUUUUUUGAAAGAGAAGCUGGAAGUCAUCAAAGGAAGAGAGAAAAUCCUUGCUCAGAUACUAGCUGACAUUGGACUAGAUAUUCCCGAUAAGAAAUACACCACAAAAAGUAUCCCUCUAGAAGAGGCUGUUAAACUAAUCCAGAUCGCUGAGCGGGCACGGCAAGGUCGCCUAAGAGCUAUGUUCAUGAAACAGAUCUUCCUUCAAGAAUACAGAGCGAAGCAAGCCAGGAUGCUUGGCGAGAAAGUCAUCGACAUGGGAGCCGCUGCACUGCAGAUUCAGAAGGUUUGGCGAGGUUUUAGUCAAUGCCAGAAAACCAAGAAACAGAGAGAAGAGGAGAUGAUAUUCCUGGGGAUGGAUCCACCUCCUCUGUUUAACGAAGUCAGUGCUACAAUAAUCCAGGCUGAGAAGGUGAGCUCCCUGAGGAAUGAGACGCAGGUAAAGCAUGAGGAGAACUACAGGAAAGCCUUGGUUACAAUCAAGAAUGACCUGAAAUUAAUAGAGGGUCCAGACAUCAAGGAGAACCUUCAAGACCAGAUCCGACAUUGGUUCAUUGAAUGCAGGAACUUAACUGGCACAUUUCCUGAAUACCCUAAUGUGGAAGAAGGAGGGUCAGCCAUUAUCUUUUCCAACAAGACCCCACAACAGGUUACUGAAGAUAUUAUUGCAAACCAAGAAGAAGAAGAGAAAAAUAAAAAGAAGAAAAAGAAUAAGAAGGCCAAGAAACCCAAGAAACCUAAAAAAGAAAAGGAAAAGAAGGGAGCAAAGGAAAAAAACAAGGAAGAAGAUGAGGGCUGGAAAAUGUCACCAAGUGUUUUCCUUCCCACGAUGCAAGAAGGAAAUAACGUGUACAAAGACCUGUGGAAGAAUAAAGACGAGUCAUGGAAUUUCCCCCAGAACUAUGACCCGGAACUGAUCAAACAGGAGAAACGGAAGGAACUGGAGUCGGAGAUCAGAGUGCAGGUGGAUGAGCUAAUGCGACAGGAACUAAAAAACUUGAAACUGGCUGUGGACAGAGAAAAGGAGUAUCCCGUCAAAGCAGGAAAGAAGAAAGGAGGUAAAAAGAAAAAGAAAGGGAAGAAAGGAAAAAAAGGAAAAAGAGGAAAGAAGGACAAAGACCUGACAGCGGACAGGACCAUUGAGUCUCUGUAUAAGGAACUGGUGGAAGAAGGGCUGCUGAUCCAGGCUCUGAAAGUUAACCUCUCUGAUUACAUCGGAGAGUACAGUUACCUGGGGACCACACUUCGCCAGGUAUCCAUAGAACCCAUGCCUUCCCUCCUGGACGUCAGACAGCUCAUCGCCCUCUAUGGGGUCUUGCCACUAGGUUCUGCAACAGUGCACGAGAAGGCUCCUUUGGUGAAAUCCCUGCUGCUGGCAGGGCCAUCGGGGGUAGGGAAGAAAAUGCUGGUCCACGCCAUCUGCACCGAAACGGGAGCCAACCUCUUCAACCUGUCCGCAGCCAACAUUGCGGGGAAGUACCCUGGCAAAAACGGCCUGCAGAUGAUGCUGCACGUGGUGGUCAAGGUGGCCCGGGAGCUCCAGCCCUCCGUGGUGUGGAUAGGAGACACAGAAAAAACCUUCUACAAGAGAGUCCCCAGCGCAGAAAGGAUGAUGGAACCUAAACGCCUCAAAAAACAGCUUCCAAAAAUCCUGAGACUUCUGAAACCGGACGACAGGAUUCUGAUUGUGGGGACGACACAGCGCCCUUUUGAUGCUGAACUUCAAUCUUUUUGCAAAGUUUACCAAAAAAUUAUUUUGGUUCCCAGACCAGACUAUGCUUCAAGAUUCGUUUUGUGGAAACAGAUCAUUCAACGCAACGGAGGCAUCAUUACCAAUGCCUUGAAUAUAAGUUGCCUGGCAAAGAUCACCGACGGUUUCACCCAGGGACACAUAGUCGAGGUAGUUAAAGGCGUGCUCACAGACCGCAGAAUCCGGCAGCAAAAUUACAAACCACUCAUGGCAGCAGAGUUUAUCGCAAUGCUAACCAGCAUGAGUCCCGUGUACCAGGAAGAAGAGGAGAGCUUUAAGGACUGGUAUGCCAAAACCCCCAUGGGUAAAAAGCGAGCUUUGGCACUAAUGGGAGGGAACACUGAAAAAGAAAAGGACAAAGGGAAAAAGAAGGAGAAGAAGGGAAAAAAGGAGAAGAAGAAAAAGUAAUGCCCUUCUGAGGAACCAUCCUUGAGUGUCUCAGGGAUGGAGGUGGACCUGACCUGCCGGGGAGAAGGCUCACCAUUGCCUGUCUGAAGAAGACCCUGGCCGAUGCCCCGAGCUCAUCUGCCCCUGCGUUCACUUACGUCUGUAGGAGGCUGCACACCAAGUGUGAUGUCCAUCACAAUUGUUUCUAGAGCUCUUGUUUCUCAGUUUGUGUGAAAUUUGUGUGUAAUCGAAAUCCACUCUACACACAGUCUUUCCACUUCAUCAGUACUAGUUGACAAAUUUACAAUAUGAUAGUUAGAAAAUACUCUAAUUUGACAACUAUAAGUAAUUUGAGUCUGUCACCAGCACUCCGGCUUUUUAUUAAUCCAUAUAUACUGUGUAUGAUCUUACACAUAUUUUAAUACAUUAAUUCUUUGCUCUA